AUGAGCAAGUGGCUCGCCUGUAUGCUAUUGAUGAUGCGUUGGACGAAGUUCGGGGAAGGCUUAUCGACUUUGAAACGAACGGUCUGUUGGCGACUUGGCAAUUCUGCUAGAGGAUGGGUCUCCUCGAUGUUAGUCGUUGCCGCUGUGAAGGAGAAUCAAAUGUACAACGGUAGAAAUCCAGCCCGACAAUAA